AGUAUUGCAGCUGCUGGGAGCACGUUCUGCAGCAGCAUAGCCUUUAGAAGACAGAACAAUGGAGUCUGUUUCCUUACAAGAGUACAUUUGUAACCUGGAUCUCCGUUCCCUGCCCCGAGUGGUGAAGAUCUGCUCUGGAGUCUACUUCCAAGGGUCUGUUUACGAGAUCUUGGGUAGCGAAUGCUGCUUAUCAACAGGAGACCUGAUCAAAAUUAUUGAUGUUCAACUCCUGAGAGUCAAAUGUGAAAGCACUGAAAAAGAUCACUUUGUGGAGCUUCCACUGAAUUUUAAAGGUCUCUUUCAACUCGGUCCAGAACGGCCCCAUAAAACACAGAUGCAGCGUUUCCUUCCGGGUUCCCUCUCCUUCAAAGGCAAACCCUCAGCCUGUGAAAAACAGCAAUACACCCUCCAGGAGAUCAUGCAGUCACCCACCAUGCGAGGGAAGGUGCUGAAGUGCCCUGAGCUCGGCAGCGGCAAAUACCAGCUGUGCCCGCUGUAUGAAGUGGAAGCAAUAAUGCACUGGCGAAAUAACGUGGUGAAAAUCAACUCAACGCUGGAUGUUGAGGUGGUCGACGUCACCGAGGAGUCUCAGCACAUCCACUUUAUCAAGCCGCUAAUGCUGAGCAAGGUUCUGCUGAUGGAUAAAGUGUUGCCAGCGCGAGCAGAGAUCCUCAGGUCGUCAGAGGCGGCACCCGUCUUCCAGAGCCAGUGGGUUUCCUACCUGCAACAGGGCUGCAAGAUUCAAAUCCACGACAAAGUGUCAUUGUGGAAAAUUCUGGCCUCUUCCCGUAAAGGCAGGAAACGUGCCUGCCACUUCCUCAUCUCCAGCAGCUACGAGGGCCAUUUUCGCCGCUGCCCGCGCGAGUUCCACUCAACCUCAGAACUGGCCAGCGCCCUAGGCUUGGCUAAGAAACUACAUGUGGUCGUCACCAAGGACUACGACAGCAGCGAUGGGGAGUUUCCGCUGUUCGGUAUAGGGGAUCGUCUAGAAGUUCUCAGCCUUCGGAGGGCAAGCAAUCCUUCUGCCACAGAUGUGCUCGAAUGCACCAGGGACAAUGGAGAUGGGGAUACAGAAUGCAUCAAGGUGCCCCUCUUCUUGGAUGCUGGCUUCGUGGAAGAUGUUCGCGAUAGCACAAAGUACACCCUCCAAGAGGUGGUGGAACACUUCCAUCUGCCCUGUGAGGUCAAGGUGGUGGCCAACAACGAUGCCAUCAAUCCUCUCGCCUGUAUCUCGGUACUGACCCUGGAGGCUCAGGUCACGGAGCCUUUUCUCGUGGUCAGUCUGGAGGAGCAGCCCCUCACCUUUGAGAUUCCUCCCCGGUGGCUGGACAUGUCUCUGUUCUUCACUGGAGGCUCAGCGAAGUCCACGCCUCCCUCCAGCAGUCCCAAGAUAGAGGAGCUGACAGAGGCCUUUUAUUAUAGCUUGCUAAAGAUGCUGCCCAACAACACACCCGCUCCUCCAAGGCCCCCUAAGAGAAGUGAUUCAACGAGCAAGUGCUUCCAAGGGGUAUCCAAAGAAGGGCACAGGAAAGGAUCAGUACCAACUAAGCUGCCUUCCCAAGAGUCAAAGGAUAUAUUCCAAAAGACUGCAAAACAUCCGUACCCUGGCGUUUUGCAAGCAGGAGCUGGUUUAGAUACUUGGGCUAACCCGAACCAGUAUACCAUAGAAUAUGGACCUCCCAGACCCCAGAAGACCACCAAACUCUUCAAACAAGCCAGAGACACGUGUUCCAAUGACGAUUCCAACCACGAUUACGAGGAUUUGUCUGAAUCACUGCAAGAGACUAUUCACAAAAUGAAAGGCACUGCUAUUAAACACUGAGGCUCCAGGCUACCAGGUUAUCGUAGCUGGUAUAAGCAGUAGAUUGUUCUUAUUUUCUGCCCAUUAUUUCUUGUCAAGUAACAAUUGUGUUCAUUUUAGAUCCAGGACUGGGAAACAGAUAGUAAAAUGGACAUCAGAGGUCAUAUCUAACACUCCAAAGCUAGCAUGCCAGAGGGCCACAUGCUUUCUUUACUCUAAUUAAGUAAAAAACCAAGCAAAUGCUCUCUUUAUACUUUUGCAAGGAGCCUUGUGUCCUAUGGGGGCAUGAUCUCAGGACUACUGGACUCCAAAACUACCUUUUAGGACUAAUCAACCUUGUCAAAGUCAAGAGAAGCAAAUGUAGCCAGCUGGGAGAAACCAUUGGUGUUCAGGAGGUCCAACUAAAGCAACAAAGAGGGUUUUCAUCUGCCCUGCCAUUCAGUAAAAUUAGUAUCUGAACUCAGAGGUUGCAAUAUGAAAGACCACUCAUAGGUUUGACAAUAAGGGAGCCUGUUGUGGCAUGCGGUACCAUAAACCUCUAGAGAUGUCAGUCAACAGUGUUUAUGAAAUACAGAAAGCGCAACAACUUAUACAUCCUGUCCAACCUGCAAGUUCUUUAAUUAUGUUUUAACAAGUUAUCCCUUAGUCUGGGAAUAACACAAGGAUUUAAUCAUUGUUCCAAUACUGACCUUUAAAGCCUGAUAACUGGUUGGGACCAGUGUAAUUUAAGGACCAUCUUCUAGCAUACAAACAUAUCCAACUAGUACAUUCAUCUUCUGAAGGCCUGUUUCAGCUGCUCCUGCCUUCUGAGGUUAGGCAGGCAGUAAGCCAAGAGGGCCUUUUCAGUCAUGGCAUCAAGAUUGUCAACCUCCAUCCCUAGAGCCUAUCUCCUUCUAUCACUGUCUGAUCCCAGAUGAAUAUUCUUUUGUUUCAGUUGGAAUUAUCUCAAUAAUCCCUACUUCAAUUGUUGUUGCAUAUGUAUUUAAAUUUCACUGUUACUUGGUUGUAUGGUUUUGUUUUUAUAAUAUCUGUGGCUCAUUCCACACUUGCAGAAUAAUGCACUUUCAAACUGCUUUCAGUGCUCUUCGAAGCUGUGCGGAAUAGCAAAAUCCACUUGCAAACAGUUGUGAAAGUGGUUUGAAAACACAUUAUUUUGCAUGUGCAGAAGGGGCCUAUGUCUUUUAAUUUCGCUUUUACUUGGUUGUAUGAUUUUGUUUUCAUAAUAUCAGUGUAUUUUAAUUUCGCUUUUACUUGGUUGUAUGAUUGUUUUUAUACUAUCCAUGUACUUUAAUUUUGCGUUUACUUGGUUGUAUGAUUCUGUCUUUAUAAUAUCUACGUAUUUUAAUUUCGUUUUUACCUGGUUGUAUGAUUUUGUUUUUAUAAUAUCCUGAUAGGUGGCACUGACUGAGCAGAAAGGCAGGAUAUAAAAUUUUGUAAAUACACCAAAUACAGUUGCAUUGCAUUUGUAAAUUGUCGGAAUGCUGUCAGUAAAAAACAUUUUAACAGUCAUAUUAAUUAA